AUGUCCAUGCAACUCGAUAUUUACGACUUCGGAGGUGACUCACACUCGAUGCUCAUAUCGCCGAAUAUUGGCAGUGCUUGCUCAGAUAUGUCUUCCCUGGCGUAUUUCAUGCACCAUUAUGUCGUCGUCAUACACAAGUCGCCGUGCGGCGGCCACUUGACUUUCUUGCCAGACUUGUAUCGCGAAAAAGGUGCAGAACCAUGUCUGAGCCACGCAGUGCAGAGUGUCGCGUACUUGUCGUUGUUCAACCUCCAUGGUGCCCCGACCCUGUGGUACCAGGCGCGCAGACAGUACAGUCUUGCCUUGGCGGCUCUAGCAGCUGCAAUUGAUACCCCCGAGUCGGCUGCCGGGGACGAGGUCUUUGCUUCUUCGUUGCUUCUUAGCAUGUUUGUUGAUUUAAGUAACGAGAGAACAAGUGACGCAAAUGAGCAUAUCCCUGGCAUGCAUGCCCUGAUGCAAUUGCGCAGUCCGGGAGGUAAAUAUGGUCGGGGAUUGCUUGCAUGGGCCGCUACACAGAUGGUGCAAACAAUCUCAACACAUCAGUAUCAAUAUGCUCUUCUCCCUCCCCUGCUGAAAGAGAUUCAACGGCCAGAUAGUGUAUCCCAAGCUGUGAAGCUGCUCGGUCUCUUAUCACACUUCUGUCAAUCAGUCCAGGAUAUCAAGAAAGCCUUACCAUGGCAACUCGACAAUACCCCUACCGAUGCCCGAACUCCAUUCAACGACCUACUCUGUGAGAUUUCAUGGAAGCUAAAGCACGUAUUCUAUGAGAUCGACAACUGGCACGCAUGUCUCCCCUUUCACUGGAAGCGCCAGCUGCAAAGUAUGAGAAUCGGCAAUGCAUUAGGGGCACAGCGUGGGGGACUAGGACUAUCUGGCCAGGACGCUUGGACGACGUGUUUCCUUGCGCUCAUAACAUCCGCACACCUGGCGUUCUACAUCCAGUGUCUGGAUAGCUCAAAGCUUUUGCACUCACCUAGUGGAGCAGGACCUACAUCUCUGUCACUUUACAACAUUGAGGGGCGGAUCCGUGAGGCAAUCAGGGCUAUCUGCUCGGCUGUUCAGUGUAGCCUGGGAUCGCUGGAUGAGAAUGGUGUAUUUGAACCGUCAUGGGAGGCCAAAGGAGGAAUCGGGCACAACCUGCUUUCGCCCAUGGAGCUGGUUGCGCGGUGUCGGUUCGCCUCUCCAGAUCAGGCGUUGCUUUGUACACAGGCUUUGCAGAUUUUAAGGCGAUAA